UUGUUGUGAAAUAUUCCUCGUGCUCCCCCCCAGUGAGUGAAUGGUGGUCCAGUCUGGUUGUUGGAUGAAGGACAUGGCGACGGUUACGUUUGGUUGCUGCUCUGUGCUUUCGGAUUGAUUGUUCAACCAAGAGAAUUUAUCAUAUAAUUGGGAAAUGGAAAGUGAGUACGUGGAGUUGUUGCCCCGUGUUUUCUCACUAUUAGGAGAUGCCAGGCAAACGGUUGUUGAUGAUACCUGUUUGGAGAAGCUGCUAGAUUGUUUCCGGGCAAUAACAGAAAAUGAAACAGAAUUCUAUAUUCUACAGAGAAUCCCGUGUCUGACAAACGUAAUUGUAAAUGUAUCCAAGCAAAGGGACAUUAACCCUAGCAUCCUCUCCUUCAUUAUGAGGCUGACUGGACUAUUUGCUGCAUCCGAGAACUAUUUUGUUCAGUUAGAGGAUAAUGGAAUUAUGAGCAGCCUUUUUGUGAAUCCGACAAACCUUGGAACAGACGCGUGGGAGGAAGCAACUGUACGAAGUGGAUGGCUCUUGGGGAUCCAAAAUAUGUUGCGGCAUGAGGCUGUAAUUCGGUUUCUCUAUAAAUAUGGAUGUAUUGAUGAGAUUAUACAGCUUCAGAAGGAUCCCAGUAUAUUUGUGGCCUCAACAGCUAGCCAACUUUUAGCAAGCAUUUUGUCUUUCUGUUUACAAUGUUCCACACAUGCUACUCUGGGAAAUAGUAGCAAAACCCAGUUAACUAACAAAGUUACAGUUUUGCAUUCUGAUGAUUGGUCAGAUUGUAUCUGUGCAAUUACUGGUCACAUUGAAGAUUUCCUGAGGUCAGAUAUCACUUCCAAUGUCCAACAGGCUCUAAAACUACUAUCCAAGGUGUCGGGAACCAUGUAUCCGGUUGCCAUAAUAUUUUUGUGGCCUAAGAUAGAAGAAAGUAUAAAGUUACUUUUGAAAGGUGACCUGACUGGAAUUGGUCAACCCUUAGCAGAACUUUUCUUGAAUGUAUCCAGAUCAUUUCCAAGUGAAGUGCUGGAGCCUACGUUCUGGGAAUUGCUAUGUCUCUUAUUGAGAUCAAUGAAUCAGAUUGAAGCAUUGACAUUAGCUUCUGGAAUUCUAAAGCUCAAAACUUGUCCACAGUCAUUGAGGAUGCAGGCUGUGACAACACUAUUCCAACCAUUGAAUUACAUCAUUGCUGUGACUUCUGUGCAAGCCCCAGAAGAUGCAGUGCAAGUACACACAAGCACCCUGUUUCAUGGAAAGUACUUACAGUCAUCGUGUCGUGAAGAUGUACAGCAUGGAAACAGACCCUUCGGUCCAAUUCGUCCAUGCCAACAAGUCUUGCUGGAUGAGUCUUCAUUCUGUCGAGUCGAUAUUGAAAAUCGUCUAUCCAGAAAAUCAGCAUGUAUCAACUUGCUCUGUCAAAUACUUUCUUAUCUCUGGGAACUCUUACAAAUGCCCCCUCAGACCACAGAAUUGCCAUUCCAAGCUUUGAUGAGAUCAGUGAUCACAAUACUACAGUUGUGUAUUGGUAUUGCUAUUCCUGUCGCUUCAACUGUUGUCAAUAUUAGCAGACAUCUGAUUGGAUGCAUCAAAGUUCAGAGAAGAGGAAUGGAUGUACUGGGUGCAUUACCUCAGUGGGCAGCAGGGAUUGAGGAAGUAAACAGUGCAUUGGCCAUUCUCCAUGAUUACAUCAGCAACCCAGAUACUGACUGUACUGUUUUGAAGAAGUCCCUCCAGGCUUUAUUUUGCUGGAUGUCACAUUGCAUUGAAGGUGUGAACUCUCAUGUACUUGAGCCCAAAUUACAAGAGUUUUUACAUGGAGACUUCAUAUCAGUAAUGAAGAAGCGACUAUUUGAUGUUCAUUGGGAAAUUCGAGACUCCGUACUUGAGUUCCUUGGCCAAAUGUGCUUCCAGUUUAAAGGAGUUGAGAGUUUCUGUCAGUUAAUUGGUUCCUGUGGAAUUCCUCAUCUUGUAUUGGAGCUGCUUUCAGAUCCUGAAAGUUAUGUUCGAGCAAGUGCCAUUACUGCUCUGGGAAAAAUGAACUAUCUCUCUCCUAAUUGGCAAAUGUUACCAAAUGAGAACAGUGUCACAGCGGUGAAGGGCAAUAUUCUUUCCUAUUUGUUAGAUAUUUUGAACAAGGAUACUGAGGGCUUUGCCAGGAGGGCUGCGAUUAAAGUGCUUGCUGACUGGCUGAAAAAUAGCCACACGCUCAGUUCCUGUGAAUUGGAGAAUUUUGUUCCUGUAAUUUUGAAAAUAGGAAGCAAUGAUUUGGAUUGGGAAGUCAAAGUUCAUACCCUGGGCUUGGCAGAAGCUUUCAUCGAUCAUGUAGCUUCCAACUUAUCCAUAAGUCCAUAUGCAGUUUUGAUGUCAAAUAGCACUGGUUCUACACAAGUGAAGGUCUUUCUGCAGACCCUCUGUGAGGUUGGAAUGUUUACUACUUUAUUUCAUGCUUUGUGGGAUUGUGACAGACCAGUAGCUCAGAAAGCAUGUGAGAUCCUAAUUAAACUAAAAACAAUUGCUUCAGGUGCUGACAACGUAGAAGUUCUCAAGUCAAAUGGACAAAAACCAAACAGAGAAAGUUUUAGCGAUUGGCUUUCCUACAGUAACUUAAAUUUGCAAAACGUUAAUGAUAUCAUGGAGAUUUUGAUAGUUCUGGACUUGGAAAUUCAACACCAACACCUUGUUCGUAGCAGUGAUCACAUUGAGAGCAGUUUUCGAUCUCUAUUAGAGGACUUACUGGCAGCAGCUGAUUCUGAAGAUGGUGGUGCAGACUGUUAUUAACAUGGCGGUUGUCAUCUAGUAAUGCAUUAUCUUCAAAUCAAAAUGAAUGUUACCUGCAAAAUUGUGGUACUAAUUUUUAUUGUAAUGUAAGUCAAAUUUGGGAAAUGUGCUGGUUAUUUGAUUAACGAGCAGAAAGUUUUCAUGUGUA